AGUUCUGUAAAAAUAAUGAAGAAAGAGGAUAAGGCAUGUAAGACAUGGUAGGAGGCGCAGUUUGUAAUGUUAUCUCCACCAUUUUAGCAUCCAUUUUGAUUUUAGAGCUUUUGGAAACUAAACAAAAAUGCUCAAAGUCUCAGGCAAUCUGAUUCCCGGCCUGGAUGGAGCUUUGGAAAAACAGCUGUUCAGAGGUGGUGGAGUUCAUUACCUCAACUGUAAAGAAGCAGGUCACCAUACUCAAACCCCGUUGAUUCACUCAAGAUCAGCAGAUAUAACUCAUGUGUCAUGGAAUUCAGUACAUACAAAACUGCCACCUCAAAAGUCAAGCCACAGCAGAAAUGCAUUGAAGGCCUAUGCAAUGAGGAGGAGAAGGGCACAUCGGAAAACAGAAACAUAUGUACUAUUCGAACCAGGACAGGACGAGAGAUUUGUUUCCGAGGAAGAGCUAAAAGCAAAGUUGAAAGAUUGGCUGGAAAAAUGGCCGGGGAAGGUCCUUCCUCCAGACCUUGCCAGAUUUGAAAACAUGGAUGAUGCUGUUUCCUUCCUAGUAAGAUCUGUUUGUGAACUAGAAAUUGAUGGAGAUGUUGGUUCGAUCCAAUGGUAUGAAGUUCGUUUGGAGUGAGGCCGGGAACCCCCCCC